AUGAACAUUAGACUUUUAUCAGAUGAAGCGUUAUCAGCCUUACCGGGGGAAAGUGGAAGUAUAGCUGAAGCAGUGGGUCCUGUCGAAGGCUUGGCACAAGCGUCAUCAGGUGAACCGAUAGAUCCGAGUAAUGCCAGUGCUUUAGCUGCUGCUUUUAACUUCACCGGCAGUAGUGCUUCAGCCCAUGGCGCGACUAUGCAAGAAUAUUUUGUGCAGGCUGUGAUCUCAUCUCCUAUUCAGCACGAAUUAUUAUUGAAUCGACUUCAUGGAUUGUGUCGUGAAUGGACAGAUUUCUGUGACCAGGAAAUUAUUUUUGAAAUAGGGAGUGAUUCCCGAGCUGAUGCAAGUAAUCUUGUAGGUAACAGGUCAUCUGCAAAUACAUCUGCUGCCAUCGGUGCCUUAGCCAUCUCUGGAUCGGGAAGUUCUAAUGUUACUGUACGUGUGCGUCGAAGUCUUCUAGAUAAAGUAAACAGAAUUGGUCGUGAACUUUCCGUUCUACGUUAUUUGGGUGCGGUAGAAACUGAUAAAAUAAUUUUACGACGCAGCUGCCUUGAAAUGCCUAUUACGGGACCUAUUGUUAGCUUUCUUUAUGAUUUAGGUUUCGAACAUGAAUUCACCUACAUAGCUGAAGGUCAAGAAUUUAUUCGUGGACGCGUCAAAGUGUUGGUCUACACUUUAAAUGAAAUCACUCAAUAUCAUAGUUUAACAGUUUCAAAUACUAUGGGUUUGAGUUUUGAUGGACAGGAAUUAGCACCGAAAGAAUGGAGACGUAUUUGUUCUCGUAGUUGGAUGGUAGAGAUAAGCACAAUUGGUAGUCCUGCAGAUGACUCGUUACAAGAUGAAAUAACUGAGUUUACGGAACUUCUUCAUCCACUCAUUGUGCCAACAAAACUUGAUCAUAGUCUGUUCGCUCGUAAAUGA